AUGAAGUUCUCCGCCACUUUCAUCUUCGCCCUGGCCGCCGCCGUCACGGCCCUGCCGGCUCCAGAGACCGACAACAGCCACGUCCUCGAGGCUCGUCAAUCCUGCCGCCUCCUGAUUUCCAGCGGCGAUGCCGGCUCCGGCACUUGCCUCGGCAGGGGUAGGCUCUGCAGAGUCAACGACUCCGGCGUCCCGGGAGGAGUGAGGACCGAGGUAUCCAGCGAGUGCUCUGUUUAG